UGUGAGGAUUUCCAGAAGUGCUCGUCAAUUAUAUUGAAAUAACGUUUAAGAUUAAAUAGUUAUACAAUAUUUUAGAAAAAAUAUAAAAUGGAGGUGAUAGUCGCAAACGUAGAUCAUAUAAAAUUUGAUAUAGAUUACGCAUUAGAACAACAGUAUGGAGCGUUGCCGCUUCCCUUUCCCGGGAUGGAUAAAUCAACAGCAGCUGUUUGCGAAUUCUUUAGUCAACCUGGUGGGUGUAACAAUGGACCUCAGUGCCCCUAUAGACAUGUCAGAGGCGAUCGAACAGUUGUUUGUAAACAUUGGCUUCGUGGCUUGUGCAAGAAAGGAGACCAGUGUGAAUUUUUACAUGAAUAUGACAUGACCAAAAUGCCUGAAUGUUAUUUCUAUGCAAGGUUCAAUGCUUGCCACAAUAAAGAGUGUCCCUUCCUACACAUAGACCCAGAAAGUAAAAUUAAAGACUGUCCUUGGUAUGACCGAGGCUUUUGCCGGCAUGGCCCCCACUGUCGACACAGACAUGUCAGAAGAGUGUUGUGCAUAAACUAUUUAGCUGGAUUCUGUCCUGAUGGACCAAGUUGCAAGUACAUGCACCCGAGGUUUGAGCUGCCUGCUCCACCAGAACAAACGAAGGAUCAAAAGCGUCUGCCUAUUUGUCAUUACUGUUCAGAAGUCGGUCAUAAAGCUUCAUCCUGCAACAAGAUACCUCCAGAUCAAAGAGAGGUUGCUCAAAAACAAGAGGAAGCAAGAUAUAGAGCACUAGGCUAUGUAAAACCUGCAAAUGAUAAUGAUGAAAUGCAACGAUUGCAAAGAAUGAUGCAUAAACCUCUGGAAGAAGUUACCUGUUUCAAAUGUGGCACUAAAGGUCAUUAUGCAAAUAAAUGCCCCAAAGGUCACCUUGCUUUCUUGUCAAAUCAAACCGGACAGAACAACUCUAACAAUAUGUUCAAAAAACCUAACUAGUAUAAGUAUGUGAGGCCACAUUAAGUGACUUCAUGACUCAUGAUAACCUGUGCUUGAAAGUUAGGUAAAAAGACAUCUUUAAAGAAAAUCAGUGUUGUGUUUAGAAAAGACAAACUCAUGAACAACAGAGGUGUUGAAAUAGGAGUAAUAUUGUUACUGUUACUACGUUAUUUGUCAACUAGUCGUACCAUUAUUCAGUUUUCCACCUUUUCAUAUAUGUUCUUGUUAUCUGCAGCACAAUGUAAGGUAGCCCUGUAAACAUGCUUAGAUUGAUAGUUAUUUUUGUGGAAAACUGACAAUAAUAAAUUUCAAUAUUUAAUUUUUUAAACUUUUUUAUAAAUGUAAAGUUAACACUUUGAGGGUCACAACACAGUUACAAUACACAGGUACUAGACAUAUUAGCUAAGUAAUUAUGAUGAAGUCUAAGCAUUUAUUGACCCAGAAACUGUUAAUAAUACAUUUCUUGUAUUUGGAUUCCUUUUAAAAGUGUAACUUUGUUAGAGGGCAACAUAUAUAAUAGAAACAUAAUAGAACUAGUUUCUACAAAGUGAAGAUAUAGUCUAAAGUAAUAAAUAAUUAAUUGCAGAACCAAAAUAAGCAAUAUAUAGUAAUACAUAAGAGCAAUUAUAACUUAGCAAAAAGACAAUUCAAAUAUACUCUAAAAAUCUCAUAAGAUCUUUUUAAAAAUAUAGAGCCUAUUUUACGGUGAGACUACGUAGACAGAGGACUAUUCAAGUAUUUUUUAUGGAACCUUAGAAAAUAAUUAUGUACUUUUGAAUUGAUCAUUUUCCAACUCAUAAUGAUACUGGCUGAAUUUCAAUAUUAAGAUUUCAAACCUGGUUUAGUGCCAAAAAAACAGUUGUCAUCAAGAAAUUCUCUUACCAGAGUCUAGAAGUUGGCAGUGAUUAUAAUCACAUAUACCUUUUAUCAAUAAAGUAACAAUGUACUUGUUAUCCUGUGCCUGAAUUCUUUCUGGAUAUGUCAGUUGUGUUUACAAUAAUAUGUCAGGAAUGAUGGAAAUUGACCAGGAGGUCUUCAUCAAGAAUUAUUUUUAAUGUAUUUACAUCUUGAUUCAAAAAUACUACCCAGUCGCAAACCUCUAAAUCUAGCUUUGUAUAUCCUACUACUAGAAAUAAAAAAAAUAGUACAUAAGGAAUGCCUUUUAAAAGUAAUUAUAUGUACUUUAUCUUAAAAUUACAUGUUAUAUGACUAAAAAAUAGGAUUGUUAUAAAUAUUUAUAUUAAACAUAAAAUAUAUGCUUAUGUAAGUUAAUAUACAAUAGCUUUGGAUUUUAUGUAGAAAUAGUGGUAUUAAAGAAAAUUUAUAAAUUCUGUAUAUGAACUGUACUGCAUCUAUGAGAGGUAAAAAUAACUUAUUUUUGUAAAUGAUAUGAUUGUUGUAAUAGUAAAUGCAACAAUUCAUCUUUUAUUCACAGUUGACUACAAAAAUAUUUGUACAAUUUGUUAGCUGAUAAAUGUUAAUGUAACUGGUAUAACCGGUGUCAAUAAAGAAAAAGACGGCCGAUGUCAUACCAUCGCACUCCCACUAGCAAGUUCGUUGUAUUAUUUAUAAUUAGGAAAAAAGUCGGGAUGUAAAUCAGAUAAGAUUUUAGACUAGCACUAAUUGAUCUCACUACAUAUUUAAUUUUUGUUUUCUAUACUAACACUUUCCGUAAUUUCUUUAUUAGCACGGGUUGUUGGCGGUAAGUUUCCCUAGUGGCUGUUUAUGGAACUAAUGGUAACGUAUCACAGUUACAAUAAUAACGAUUUACUAUGCUUGACAACCAAUUGAAUUGGACAUAUACUUCCAAUACAAAAACAUCUACUAAUGCGUAUUUGAGUCUCUUUUCUAUUAAUUCACAAUUAUACAUCUGGUACCCGACGUUACGAGGGUAUCGACGCUUAUCCUUAUACAAGACUUUAUAGUCAAAUUAAGAAUAAAUUCUAACUAUCUCUCACUGGCACCUAAUUAUUGGGAGUAUAGUUUAAAUUAUGUGCCUACAUAUUUAUGUCAUAUAAUUGAUAACUUUUGUUACCUAUUAACGAUUUUAAUUUAUUGUUAUUAUAUAGAAAAUUAGUUCAGCCAAAUUUCCUUUCUAUUUAUACAGCUUUACAUAAAAACUCAAUCCUUUUUAUUUUAUUAUUUCAUUACUUGUACUAUUUUUAAAUAUAUUUUAAACAAUUAGUGAUUAUUAAUAUCUCAAAAGUUAUUUUUUUCAUUCAUAAUUUACCGCAAAUUAGACUUAAUAUGUUAUAGUUAGUUCUGUGAAUUGCUGCUAGGGUAUUUAAUCAGUAAAGAUAGUUUUUAAACACAAAAGUAUCGCUUUUUAUAAAAUCUACUGUUACAUUUAAAGAGUAUAUUAAAUGUGUAAUUUCAUGAAUUAACAUAUUUUACUCAUUAAGAUGUUUAUAAGUUUUCCACAUAGAUAGCUUGUGUAUCUUAAACAUUUAAGUAAUUCAUAAUUUACAGUUAACUUUUAUAAAAAUAAUUAAGUACAUAAAUAUAAAGUCAAUGUUUAUUUACUAUGAACUUGAAUGAUUUAUAUGCAUGGCCAUGUUUCAUAAUUCUGUAUUAUUUAUUUAUUUUUUCUUUUUGAUGGACAAAUAUUUAUGAAAAAAAUAUAGAAAACAGUACCUUCCAAUUAAAUCAUAGCACUUCCAGUAAUGUAUAGAGAA